CCCAAACAGUGGUUACAACUUAAAAAUCCAUAACAAUAUAAUUACUCUUUUCCAAUAUAAUGCAAGUUUUUGGACUCAUAUAAAUGUACACCAUACCAUAAGUUCCAUAUACCUUUCAUUUCUCACCUUCCUCUAGCUACUCUCUUCUUUUCUCUUUUUGUGCCUCUCAUAGAGAGACUUAACAAACAAUAACAAACACAAUGGGAAGAGCAAGUUGUUGUUUGAUUCUUCUAAGCUUCCUCAUUGUGACCAUCUUUGUGGGUGAAAUCCAUGGAAGCAAACAGGGUAGAGCUCUUGACAAAUUGCAAAAGGCCAAGAUCAAGGGAAGUUCAGGAAUUGAUGUGAGUCUUUUUCAGGCACAAGAAGUUCAUGCUGCUGUGGUUCAUAAUUCUCAAGAUGGUUUGAAAGGGAGAGAUAGAAUUGAGAAGCUUCCAGGUCAACCUGAGGUGAAGUUUGAUCAAUAUGGAGGGUAUGUCACUGUGGACAAAUCUGCAGGACGUGCUUUUUACUAUUACUUUGUGGAAGCUCAACGUUCUUCAGAAAAGAUGCCUCUUCUACUUUGGCUCAAUGGAGGUCCUGGAUGUUCAUCUCUUGCCUAUGGAGCAAUGCAAGAACUUGGACCCUUCCGUGUAAACAGUGAUGGGAAAACACUCCACAUAAACAGAUACUCAUGGAACUAUGCUGCAAAUGUUCUGUUCCUGGAGUCACCAGCAGGAGUAGGAUUUUCAUACUCAAACAAAUCAUCUGAUUAUGAAACCAAUGGGGACAGAAAAACAGCUGCAGAUAACUACGUUUUCUUAGUGAAUUGGCUAGAGAGGUUUCCAGAGUACAAGAACAGAGAUUUCUACAUUGCAGGGGAGAGCUAUGCUGGGCACUAUGUCCCUCAACUUGCACACAACAUUCUCUACCAUAACAAAAAGGCUAACAAGACAAUCAUCAACCUCAAAGGAAUUAUGAUUGGGAAUGCAGUGAUCAAUGACAAAACAGAUAACCAAGGAAUGUAUGAUUUUCUUGCAAGCCAUGCAAUAAUCUCAGAUGAAGCAGCACAUGAUAUCACCAAAUAUUGUAAUUUCUCAGCUAUCAAUCAGACUAGUGAGUGCAACGCAGCAGUAGAUGAAGCUAGCAACGAUACCUCGUUCAUUGACAUCUACAACAUCUAUGCUGCACUCUGCAAUAAUCCCAACCUCACUACUCAUCCCAAGAAGAACUCGAUUGUUAUUGAUCCCUGUAGUGAUAAUUAUGUAUAUGCAUAUCUUAACCGGGGUGAUGUUCAAGAGGCCCUCCAUGCAAAUGUCACCAAACUCAAAUAUGACUGGGAGCCUUGCAGUGACAUCAUUGCAAAGUGGGCUGAUAGCCCUUCAACAGUCAUUCCCCUUUUACAUGAAUUCCUGAACAAUGGACUCAGGGUUUGGAUUUUUAGUGGUGAUACAGAUGGAAGAGUGCCUGUUACUUCAACCAAGUAUUCCAUUAAAAAGAUGAACCUUUCCACUACAACUACUUGGCAUCCUUGGUUCAUAAAUGGAGAGGUUGGUGGGUACACUCAAGUAUACAAGGGAGGUCUAACUUUUGCCACAGUGAGAGAAGCAGGACAUCAAGUGCCAAGUUACCAGCCAUUAAGAGCUCUUUCUCUAAUCAAACAUUUCUUAGAUGGCACUGCUCUUCCUAAUACUCACAGAUUUGACUAAUUUACUACAAUCAUGCUAGAAUAAUUAUAUUGUCUGCUUAAUUUUCUUAUGCAUGUAAUUGUAGUUUCAAAGAGAGAAAUCUAAGUUAAUGGAAUUUGAUUGAAUUGAAUGAUUAAUGAAAUGUUGGUGGAAAAAAUUGCCAUUGCUUGCC